AUGCCUGGACGUACCGAUGCGUCUCUUUCAAUCGGCAUCGUAGGCUCCGGUCUAGGUGGUCUCUCCGCCGCCAUCGCCCUUCGUCGCGCAGGCCACAACGUGACCCUCUACGAGCGCUACGACUUCGGCGGUGAAGUCGGCGCCUCUCUAUCAGUAGCCUCCAACGGCUCUCGCUUCCUAGAAGAAUGGGACAUCGACAUCCCAGCCGCCAAGCCCGUUAUUCUUCGCAAUCUCAUCCGUCAUGAAUACUCUACUGGUGAAGAGCAAGGGACUUAUCCGUUGGGAGACUAUCGUCAGCGCUUUGGCACUGAUUAUAAUAACUUCCAUCGGAUUGACUUGCAUAAUCAUCUGAAGGAGGUGGCUUUGUCGAAGCUUGGGAAGGGUCGGCCUGCAGAGCUCAAGACGUGGCAUAAGGCUGCCAGUUGCGAUACUGAGACAGGACAUAUUACUUUUGAGAAUGGGAUUGAAGCGACACACGACGCUAUCAUCUGCGCUGAUGGUAUUCGAAGUGUGAUGCGUGAGCAACUAGGCGUCAUUCCCCAAUUCGUCCCAAGCACAUCAUGCUGCUAUCGCUGCAUCAUCUACGCCGACAAGCUUCACGAGCUCGGUCUAGAAGAAUAUCUCCACAACGAUGCGAUCGAGUUCUGGGGAGGCGACUCCAAGACCAAGAUUGUUCUCUCAGCAUGCAGCGAAAACAACGUCGUUUCAUGCUAUUGCUUCUACCCAGCUGAGAAAAACGAUAUUAGAGAGGAUGGCUGGAACAUCUCAACAACUGGAGAAGUCCUCGCAUCUACCUUUCCAGGUCUAGACCCCAAGCUCAUCAAGCUCUUCCUCAACGCGCAAGACAUCAAAAUGUGGCGACUCUACAACCACGAUCCUUAUCCCUACUGGAGCAAGGGUAGAUGCACGCUGCUAGGAGACGCUGCUCAUCCUAUGAUGCCGGAUCAGAGUCAGGGAGCUUGCAUGGCUAUUGAGGAUGCUGGUGGUUUGGGCAUUCUCUUCGCGGAGAAGUACUCCGACUUGACCGUGGAGGAGAGACUGAGAUUGUAUGAGCUGGAACGUAAGCCACGAGCUACAAGAUUGCAGGAAGCGAGUAAGCGUGCGAGAGAGAACUUGAAUGAAAGGAUUGGAUGGUCGAGUAAGGACACUAAGCCUGGGAUGUUGACGAUUGAUGAGGUUUGUGCUUAUGAUAUGCAUGCUCAUAUCGCAGAACUGGUCAAGGAAGCGAGGUCUUGA